GUGGAGAAAGAACCUGUGGAGUACAUGAACUUAUCUGUAUUAGGAAAGUAUCUCCAGAGGCAGUUGGAUUUUUGUCAGCGGUUGGGGUGUUUAUUAUCUUGAUGCUGCUCCUUUUUCUCUAUAUUAAUAAGAAGUUCUGUUUUGAAAAUGUUGGCGGGUUUCCAGAUCUUGGUCCAGGAUACAGCACAAGGAAGAAUUCACAAGAUAAAAUUUAUAAUUCCUACAUGGACAGAGAUGAGCACGGUUCAUCCUCUGAGAGUGAAGAUGAAGCACUGGGUAAAUACCACGAGGCCUUAUCCCGAACACACAAUUCCAGGCUCCCAUUGGCUGAUUCUAGACAGAAGAACUAUACUUGGGAAACAAGACAAAAAUACAGCCCUCUAUCUGCAGAGUAUGAUGGCUACAGUAGCGAAGCAUCAAUAGAUGAAGGAAACUGCAUUCAGAGAAUGAGAAGAACACCCCCACUGGACGAACUGCAGCCCCCACCAUAUCAGGAUGACAGUGGGUCUCCCCACCUCUCAUGUACACCCUCAGAAAUCGGGGACAGUAAAUGUGAAUUUUCCCACUGCAGCAACAGCCCAAGACGCUCCUAUAACAAGUGCCCGAGUGAAGGAAGCACCGGUCACGAAAUAGAAAGUUUUCAUAAUAAAGGAUACGAAGAAGAUGUUCCGAGUGACAGCACUGCAGUCCUGAGCCCUGAAGACAUGUCAGCUCAAGGAUCAUCUUCACAGCUUCCCAAACCCUUUGACCCUGAGCCAGAAGCUAAGUAUGGCACACUGGAUGUGACUUUUGACUAUGACUCACAAGAACAGAAGCUCCUGGUAACCGUGACAGCUGUCACAGAUAUCCCAACAUAUAACAGGACAGGUGGCAACUCAUGGCAAGUACACCUUGUUCUUCUACCUAUAAAGAAACAGAGAGCAAAAACCAGCAUCCAGAGAGGACCAUGCCCUGUCUUCACAGAAACAUUCAAAUUUAACCAUGUUGAAUCUGAGAUGAUUGGAAAUUAUGCAGUUCGAUUUAGACUGUAUGGUGUACAUCGCAUGAAAAAAGAAAAGAUGGUGGGGGAAAAGAUUUUUUAUUUAACAAAAUUGAAUCUUCAAGGGAAAAUGUCAUUACCUGUGAUAUUGGAACCUUCUUACAAUCAUUCUGGCUGUGACUCGCAAAUGAGCAUGUCAGAAGUGUCCUGUAGUAGAAGUACAUCCUCCUGUCAGUCUCUGGAGCAUGGCUCAGUUCCAGAAAUUCUCAUUGGCCUGCUUUAUAACGCCACCACUGGCAGACUAUCAGCAGAAGUCAUCAAAGGCAGCCACUUCAAAAACUUGGCAGCAAACAGACCACCCAAUACAUAUGUUAAAUUAACUCUACUGAAUUCCAUGGGUCAAGAAAUGUCUAAAUGCAAGACAUCCGUCCGCAGAGGGCAGCCAAAUCCAGUGUACAAGGAAACUUUUGUUUUUCAAGUGGCCCUGUUUCAGCUCUCUGACGUGACCCUUAUCCUGUCUGUGUACAACAAGCGCAGCAUGAAAAGAAAAGAGAUGAUAGGCUGGAUUUCUCUAGGUCUGAACAGCUCUGGAGAGGAGGAACUCAAUCACUGGACCGAAAUGAAAGAGUCGAAAGGACAGCAAGUGUGCAGAUGGCACGCGUUACUGGAGUCAUGAUGAGGAGAACAAGCAUCGGCAGCCCCAGGCAGCAUUGCUGUCAGUGACAACGCCGCUAUUUUGACCUGGUCAUCGUUAGAAGACUCAUUCUUUGAAGAAUCACCUUCAACAUUCUACCAAAAUGUUUUAAAUUCUGUGGAAAGACCAUCUAAUACUGACAGAAAUGAAGGCAGGUUGUAUCUCUGGUAGAGUUUGGGACGAUGAAAAACCCUAUCAUCAUUGUUAAGCUACCGAUCCUCCAGAGCUUUAAGAAUAUGCUUUUGGGUUGAAGUUCAUUUUACUUUAACAAAAGAGCCAGUCAUUUCCGGAAAAAUCAAAAUUUUCAAUGAUUUUUUAGAAUUUUUAGUUGCAACACGAUUUUAGUAUCACCCUACAUAUUAUCCAUAAAGCAUAUUUUGACUGGCUUGUCCCUGGUGUUUUGAAAUGUACUUUGAUAAAAGAAAGUAGUUCUCCAACUCUGUUGUAAGUCAUAUAUGGUGUUGAAGGGUUUCAGUCACAUUGGAAAUUGUUUUCUUUCAGAUAUUUUCCCUUUGUGCACUUAGCUUCAUUGUACCUCGGUUCUCGGUAGCACUAAAUCUGAGUGCAAGCAAGAUUUCAUUGUCAUAAAGGCAUUUGUAAUGUUAUUUUAAAAACUCAUUUCUUCAUUUGCCUCUGCUUUUUGCCCCAUCCAAAGAGACCCAGUCACUGUACUGGUCCCUUGCAAGUCCUUAGACAGGUUGUACUGUAGAACUCUGUAACUUUCUGUUGAAAGCACUUCCUGUAUUCUCGUAUUCCAAUGUAGGAAGCUAACAGAACAGGACCUUACUUUAGAAUUCCUUUCAACGACUGACUCUAAAAUUGGAGUAAUGUGCAUAUACAUUUUUUACAAACUAAAAAAAAUAUAGUAUGAGCUGCUGAAAAUGGAAAACAUCUUAAGUUCAAGAACAUUUUAAUGAUCCGCUCUGAGCGUGUAGUAGCGAGCACUGCAUAAAGCAGGUAGCAUUGGCAUAAGAAACUGUUCUCUCUCUAAAUCUUCUGCUCUCUCACUUCAAUUUGUAUUUCUGACAUAAAGACUCUCCACUUCUCGGUUUGAACCAGAACAUCGUGUUCAAAAAGGUUCUGGGAUUCCUUAUGAAGUUUCUAGUGACUUGUGACUAGAUUUUAUGAAACUUACAGAUACGUUCUCCAACGUGAUGUCAUCCUGUGCCUUUCGUGUAAGUUAACUUUGCUCAGACAGCUCGAAAGUUGUAUUUGCAAAGUUAGGCCUUCGGUUUUUAUAAAUGAAAGAUUCCUCAG